GGGACGGGACGGUCUCCUCUGGCGCUCCUCUCCCGUUUCUGUCGGUUUGCACUGGGUCAUUUCUCCUGUAUGGUGGAUAUCCUGCUUAACACUUCUUUCUUGGAUGAUAUGGGGGAUCAUUCAAAAAAGAAGUCGGGAAUCGCAAUGUGUGUGGGCUGUGGAAGUCAGAUACACGACCAGUACAUCCUGAGAGUCUCCCCGGACCUGGAGUGGCAUGCAGCCUGCCUCAAGUGUGCAGAGUGCAGCCAGUACCUGGACGAGACCUGCACUUGCUUCGUCCGAGACGGAAAAACUUACUGUAAAAGAGAUUAUGUGAGGUUAUUUGGCAUUAAAUGUGCAAAGUGUAACAUGGGCUUCUGCAGCAGCGACUUGGUGAUGAGGGCCCGGGACAAUGUGUAUCAUAUGGAGUGUUUUCGGUGCUCAGUGUGCAGCCGACACCUCCUGCCCGGGGACGAGUUCUCAUUGCGGGACGACGAGCUGCUGUGUCGGGCGGACCACGGCAUGUUAGUGGAGCGGGCCUCCGUGGGGAGUCCGCUGAGUCCGGGGAAUAUUCACACCAGACCGCUGCACAUCUCAGAACCAGUCUCGGUCCGGCAUCCUCCCCAUCACCGGAACCACGUCCAUAAGCAGUCAGAGAAGACCACCCGGGUCCGGACGGUGCUGAACGAGAAGCAGCUACACACACUGCGGACCUGCUACAACGCCAACCCCAGACCGGACGCACUGAUGAAGGAGCAGCUGGUGGAGAUGACCGGCCUGAGCCCCAGGGUUAUCAGAGUGUGGUUCCAGAACAAACGCUGCAAAGACAAGAAGAAGUCCAUCCUGAUGAAGCAGCUCCAGCAGCAGCAACACAGCGACAAAACUAAUCUGCAGGGUCUGACAGGGACCCCACUGGUGGCAGGCAGUCCUAUCCGUCACGACAACACCGUGCAGGGGAAUCCGGUGGAGGUGCAGACCUACCAGCCUCCGUGGAAAACUCUGAGCGACUUCGCUUUGCAGAGUGACCUGGACCAGCCCGCCUUCCAACAGCUGGUGUCUUUCUCUGAGUCGGGGUCUCUGGGUAAUUCCUCGGGCAGUGAUGUGACCUCCCUGUCGUCGCAGUUACCGGACACACCUAACAGUAUGGUCCCGAGUCCUGUGGACACGUGAGGCGGAGGCCCAGAGGUCAGCUGGACCCCCUCAGAGCCCCCAUGAGCGCACCGCGGACGCGCAACAACGGACGCGCAAAGACCUCAAUGACAUUUAACGAAGAAAAAACAAAACAAAACAAAACAAAAAACAAAAAAAAAAAAAAACCAAGAGACUGAAGGACCAGGAUAAGAUGGAUUAUGCACGAGGAUCCAGAUUGUGACAUGAGGAUUGGGGGUGUGACUUUUCCCUUUACAUAAUUACAUUACAUUUAGCCCACUGUCUUGCUCAAGGACACUUCGGCAGAAUGCACAUCUGUUCAUGGACCUUUUACUGGCGUUUUUUUUUUUUUUUUUCUUAUGGGACACCUUACCGUUUAUUAUCAUAUUAUUGCCUGAACUGGACAUAACAUGGAAAAUGUGUUGUGGGAGAAAACACUUGAACCUGCAUUGUGGACAUCUGAGCGUUAAUACAGUAGGCUGUUGAUCCGGAAACCCAGAAUACAAACUGUGUAGAUGUGCAUGAUUUGUAUAAGUUUCAGUAUCGACUCUUGUAAAUUAAGGAAACAGAUGAGAUGCGCCUUAUUCGCGUUUCUCAAGAAUAAGUUAUUAUUAUUUAUUAUAAGGACAGACAUAGCCGAUCUUAUCAAUAAAAACAAUAGUUCU